UCUUCGCGUACUCGCUUGCUUCGGGAGUUUAGCGAGCCACCAAAAGGCUGAGGCAGUCAGAACCGAAUGGUAGGCAGCAAUGUGAUGAUGCAUGUCGCAACAGGUAUUCGCAUGCCUGCAGUCGAUUUCAAGACAUUGAACCAGGCUGCAGGUUCACUAUGUCUCGCACAUCGGGACUCUCGAUGAGCCAGCCCGUGGAUUACUGGCUAACUCCCGGGUCCGAGUUGCCUGCCGGAACCUUUCCCAUUCUCUUCCCUCCUGGCCAAGUGCGGGCUACCACCUGCGCUUUGACGUCCGCCGCGCUGGAUGUUGGGGGAGCGCGGAGCAGUCUUAGGAGGAGUGGGAUUGGUGAGAAGGUGGAGGUACUUUUUUUUUGGCCCUGGUCUUGGAGAAAGGGAAAGGGGAGUAAGAGGACGCUUGAAUUCGACCCACUUUUCCGUCGUUGUUGCAACGCCCCGGAACAGGGAUUUGGUCUGAUAAGUGGGUGCUUUUCGGGUAUUAGAACGGAUAUAUGCGUCUGGUGGAUUUGGUGGUGGGCUGAUGAGAUUAUGGGACGGAUAAGGGGACCGAGGCGCGCAGACAGCCAAGACUGGAUUCUCGGGUACGGCAAACACCUUACCAGGGCCCUGGCGGAGUAUGGCGGAUUCGGAUGCCUGCUUGGAAUACAAGCUGUGGCGAAGGCGAAUAGAUACCAUGUCCGAUGUUGGCUACUUCUUCCACGGAAGAGGAUAUGCGGGCGCCGGCUGAGAAUCCCCGGGGUAGUGGGCAAAGCUGCGUCCACAGCGAGAUGUACCUCCCAAUGUGCAUGUCGACAAACGAGAGUCGUAAAUCGUGUAAACCCUUGGGGUGCAGCUCCUAAGUGUGUAUGCGGUGCUUCCCGUGUACAAAGUCGAAGGAAAUGCCAGACUGGGAGAGCGAGACUCGCGUUUGGUGUGUGAGAGGAUAUGUUACUUGCAGAACUGUUGCUUCGUAUACAAAGCUCCAGAUGCCAAGUUACAUGCCCGGUCA